AUGCAAGCAAGACAAGGCCUAUCGCCAAGCAGUAUGUGGGGUUCUAGGGCUUCGUCUCAAUCACGAGACGAUGAGGAGCACCUUGGGAGGGUGACGAGUUCAGAAGUCCGUGGCCUCAUCGAUGACGACAACGCCCAAAUGAUCCAGCGCAAGACGAUCCGGCUUCCUGUUGCGGCCCAGCUCAUUCUCGAAGUCGCCAUAACAGCCACCCCACAUGACUACUCUGAGCUUCUCAGCUAUGGAUAUACGGCAGUCAUCGAUGCGGCGUAUGACGAUUCCAACAGAUCCAAUCACCCCUUCUUCAACGCCCCCAACAGAUCCUUGGAGUCAUUGGCUACAUGGAGAUCCAUCGGGGCAUUGAUCCUGGCAGAUAUGCCAUUCGAGAUGUUGCAGUCCAUCCUUGACGGCAGCCUGCCCCGAAGAUUGCUAGGGAAUGACGACGCUGACGCCGGGUUGCGAUACCACUAUGACGACAGUAGCCUCGAGGCCUACUACGUAGCCAUGGCCACGAAGGCUGAACUGCCUGAUGUGUCAUCCUGGGUCUUACGCUCCAAGAGCACGCCUUGUCCAUGUUUUUACGUUCGGUACAUCACCAAUGCGUCGGGCGAGUCUCUCACGCCUAGACAACUGAAGCAGGUGAUACGCUGCAUGAGAGACUAUGUGUCAGGCGACCCAAAACACAUUGACCUCUGCGUGUUGGUAGACAAUGUAUCUAGGGGUACUCGCUCCAGUAGGAACGACAUAGCCGUAGGCGCUCACCACUUUCUACAAGGCAGUGCUGUUCGCAUUGGCAGAGUCAUAGCAUUUUGCAACGCCCUCGACAAUCUGCUCGAUCAAAACAAGUCCGACCACCCGCAAGCGCAAGACUUGCCGUUCAAGCACUUGUUCAAGUACGUUGGCUACACCGAGAACGAAGCGGAUCGGACCAAGAGACACAACACAGGCGAUACGAACUUCCUUCAGGCUUUCUUCACGAACAUUUGUCGCAUACAGUUCAAGGGCGAGGACGGUGUACCGUUGUAUAAUUGGCGCACGUACAUUGUCGCCUUUCCUAUCAGUGUCGAGGAAAGCAAACUUGGGGAAGAGCUCUUCUGCCAGAUGACACAGAGCUAUUACCACACGGGUAUAGGAUUCAACAUAGCUCCAGCAGGUAUCAGCGUCGAAUCGGCCGUGCAGAUGCCGCAAGCCGAAUGGCAACAGAAGAGCAAGGUUCGCAACAGCCACUUCCGGUAUCAAAAGCAGCUCAAGGAGGAAGUCGACGUCAACUUGAAACGCUACAUGGAUAACACGAAUAACAAGUCCAAGAGCAAGGUGGAUCACGCCGAGCAGCAACGAACGACCCUUAUCCAUCAACGCGGACAGCUCCAUGAGGAGAAUAUCGCUCUAGAAGCCGAAGCAAUACCGAUAAGGGAGAUGGAUGCCUCAAUGCAUUCUUUACGCGAGGAGCAGAAGAAGCUGGAAGAAGCCUGCCCCGAGGACAUGCCAGAGUUGAAGAAGCUACUGGUUCGGACCCACAACGAGAUAAAAGGGUUUAUCAGGGAAUACGCGGCGGGUCUCUACACUGACACUGUACGCGAGACCCAACUGUCCCCAUUGAGUGGAUCAUCCGAGUCUGGAUGA